CCAUCUUCUUUACUUCUUCUUUACUUCUUUACUUGAAGAAAUCCUGCCAUUAAAAAACAAUAAAAAAAAACAAAGAAAAAGACGUACAAUAUUAUUUAUUUGAUUUCAAUUGAUUGAUUAAUAAAUAAAUAUAAUUUUUUAUAUACAUACAAACUUCUAUACAUCUUUACAUAAAAUAAAUAAUAAAAUUAAAAUUAAAAUUAAAAUAAACCGAUUCUUUGAUUAUUAUUUAUAUUUAUUUUUUUCAAUACUCCUUUGUAAUCAAUGGUUCCCACCCUUACAAAACUCGACGGAGACUGGUUCUACAUCAGGACAGUCUCUAAUGGCAACGUAGCCUCUGCUGGGCCAAUCAUCGCAGCAAACGACGUAGAGACCACUAGGUCCGAAAUCCGUGUCGAACCACCAAAAUAUGACGACAGCGAACUCUGGUGCUGGAAAGACCGAAUGCUUGUCAACAAAUCUAACGGAAUGGUAAUGAGCAUUCGUAAAGGUCGCCUUCGUUUGAUCGAAGAUACCGAGAUCUGUCUCUACCCAAAAAAGUCUGACGAAUACAUCAGCCAACAACAGUGGGGUGUUCAACACGACGACUGCCCAUUUGGAAAACGACUGGAGGGAUGCCUUUUGUACUCUUUCCAUAGCAACGACUGGGUGUUUGAUAUCCAGACCCAUGUAGUGAAUGGCGACACGAAGCUUAUCCUGUUUCCUUACAAGACCAUCGAUAACGACACCCAGCGAUGGGAGCUUGUCUCACCAGCCGACAUUCUUCAAUACAGCAGACCGUCGUCAGGAUCACUGUCCUCGUCAUUCUCACCAGUAUCCCUAUCAUCACCAACCGGUUUCCAAUCAAACUCUGUUUCUGCAUUCGGGUCACCCACCAUCGGCGACCUUUCGCCCUCGACAUCGUCCUCUUCAUCCCAGAUCAUGUCCCAGGAACUAAACGGAUCGAUGGAGUUUGCCUGUGGACUCAGUCCCUCAAAGCGAGGCUCCCAAAGCUCGGCUACCGGAUUACCUCUCGAGACCUACCGAGAAAAUCACCAGGCAGUUUACCAUGGCAACGGAGUACCCUCAAGUGACAAGAUAUUGGCAAUGGCAGCGGCAUAUCAAACAUGGUUGGACUGGAGCCAAGACAAGCAGUCUCAGAGUAGCCCCACCGAGCUCCAGAACCAAAGAGCGCGACACGAAAAGACGCGCGCACGGUUGCAAUCGAUGGCACGGACCGAAGUAAUCAAACUUGUGAAUGCCAAUACUACGUCUACCUCUAAUAACCAUUCUGCCCACCGCGACAAUACCAUUUCAUUGACUAACCGGUUCAUCACUCAGCUGUAUGAACAGAUGCCAAUGGCCUAAGUAUGGCUUCUUUUAUAUCUACACUCCACAAAGAUCUUUUUUGUGUGUGUAGAGUGCAUUUGUAUUUGCUACCUUGUUGUACCUUGUUGCACCUUGUUGUACCUGCAUUUGUAUUUUGUAUUUUGUAUUUUUUAUUUUGUAUUUUGUAUUUUGUAUCUGUGACCUGUAGGCUUUUACCAGUUAUCAGUUUACUUGUAUCUUUUUCUUUUUUGUACCUUUUUUUUUUUUUUUAUUUAUUUGCCUUACCUUUCCUUUGAUACUUUUAUACUUCUUUAUUAUUUCUUUUAUUGCACCUCUCUUUUAACCAAACAACAGCAAAAUUCAUUCGCUACCUUUCCUUACCUUAUCUUACCUUUAAAAAAAAAAUUCUCUGUAUGUUUCUUUCAUUUUAUUUUUGUUAUCAACCAGUUUAUGCCACUUCUUUUCUCUCUCUAUUUUUUAUAUAUAUAUAUAUCAGUAUUGUAAACACUCGAACCAUCACAGCACAUCACCAAACAAACAAACAAACAAACAAACAAUAAAUCAAAAACAUUGAUAUGCAUGUACCCAC